CGGCCCUUUUGUAUCCCUAGCCCGAGAGCUCGACCCCGAGAGCGGCCACGCUGGGCCUCCCGCCCGGUGUCCUGGCAUCGCGCAGGGGCCAAGGCCAGGUGCCCCGGAGGGAAUGACUAGAACAGCUUCCCAGCCAGGGAUCUGUCCUUGGCCGCCCUUUCCCGGCUUCUGACCGAGGCUAGGGACAGCGUCCCUGCCCACCCUGCCCACCUUGCAUUGUGAUCUAGCCCUGCCCUGGCCUGCGGAGUCUGAAGGCUCUGACCCCUGGGUUGAUCUGAUGCCCUGCUUUAGUCCUAGGAUCCCGCCUGUUGAAGAUUAUUACAUCCCCACCCUCUUUUUCUUUGUAUAGCUGUCUCUGGGCUCAAGUAAUUCUCUCUGUAAAGAGACUUAACCCUGACCUGUGUCUCUUCAAGACUGUCCUCGAUGGGGUUAAUCUUGGGACUCCUGUGGCCAUCCUGUGUGUUGCUAUAGUUUCCUUGACCUUGCUUUCUCUCUGGAUGUACCUUGAGACUUUCCUUCUAAUUCCCCUGAUACUCAAAACUGGUUUGCUGUACCCCAAGGGGAAGAGCUUAGCCCCAGUUGGCCUUUCUGAAAGCUCCGUGCAGUUGUCUGUGUAUGAGGCUGGGUGCUUCAGGUUUUGCAAUUCUGCUUCUUUACCAGCUUCUGUAGAGUUAAAUCAUCUGAGAUUGUGAGUCAAAUAACAUGGUAAUAGACCCUUAAAGCUAUAUAAGACACAUGUUGACUGUCAUGGUCACCUCACCAUCAAGAAAAAAUCAGGACCUCUCUCCAUUUUUGAACUUCAGGGCUUUUAGCCAAUGUCUGGUGAGCUGUUGGGAGGAAGAUCUGUUACAAGAUGUCUGCAGGGAAAUAGUCGUGAAGUGGUCUGAAGCUCAGAAUGCUGGCGUAAGAGAGAAAAAGGAAGAUGAGAUCCAGGCAAUUGCCAGCAUGAUCGAAAAGCAGGCCCAGAUCGUGGUGAAGCCGAAGAAGGUUUCCCAGGAUGAAGAGCUGAGGAAAGCUGCCCUCCUGGCUCAGUAUGCUAAUGUAACAGAUGAGGAGGAUGGAGCAGAUGAGCAGGAUGGAGCCACUGCAGCAGCACUAACGAUUGGAUCAGAAAAAUCGUUGUUCCGUAACACAAACGUGGAGGAUGUAGUGAACGCAAGGAAGCUGGAAAGAGAUUCUCUGCGGGACGAGUCCCAGAAGAAAAAAGAGCAAGACAAGCUCCAGCGUGAGAAGGACAAGCUAGCCAAGCAGGAGCGGAAGGACAAGGAGAAGAAGAGAACACAGAAGGGCGAGCGGAAGCGAUAGCCACGGUUGUUCCUAUUGGACUCCUUCAAAGAACAGAACUUCUCAUUUUGUCUGUGUGUGUGUGAAACAAAACAAGUGGGCAGGGGGCUGGCAGAGGAGGCUUGGAAGCCUUUUCCCAGCAGAAUUGCAAACACUUAAAAACAAAAUGUGCCAUAUGCUUGUGGUGUCAGUGUGUGGGGUUUGCUGUGGCCAGUGUCUGUACCAAAGACAGGGAAGUGGCUGUAUUAUUUUUUAAUAUCUGUCAUAUUUUACUUUUGACUGCUUAAAAAUGAGAGGGGGAGAACAGUUGGAGUAGCUUAAACUACUGCCCCCUCCUCCUGCUUGAGGACCCCAGGGAAGUCCUGCUGCUGUGGGGGUGAGCGUAAGCAGAGCCCCGUUUUCAAGAGGUGUCCUAGGGCCUUUGAUCCUGAGGCUGGGCUGCUAUGAGGUGUGUAUAUUUCUUGCCAAGUUUGACUCGCCUGAGGCAAAUGGGCCUUUCUUGGACGCUGACAGCAAUCUGGGAUUUCUCCUCUGGCCAACAUCAGGCAGGGUUUUGCCUGAACUGGGAGCGUGUCACAUUGAUGAUGCAAGACUGGGAAGUAAAGCCCCAGAGAAUGCAGGGGUAAGAAACAGUCUGGAUCACGGGAGUAGCUGCUUCCAGGCUCAUGCUGACUCUGUACUGGGGAAGUGCCCUAGUGCCCUCUGUUAUACUAAGCCUCGAUGCUGCUAGACUGAAGAUCAGCUGCUGUCUUUGGACUGUGGGGGUGGCUGCUGUAGGGUUUAAAAAAGUCUUGGGGCUUCUCUGUUCUAGGAUUUUGUUCUUAGUGUCCUACAGCUGCUCCUAGCGCUAGCACCAGUGAGUGUUCCAGACACGUUGGAUGCUGAUCUCCCCCCAUGUGGCCUAACCCCCUUGCAGCAGCUCUAGCAAGCAUGGUAGUUACCGUGCUGCUGGCCUGUUUGUGUCAGUUUGAGCACUCGCACUGGUGGAGCUGCAGCAGGAGCCCAACUUUCGAGGGACGUGAGGCUGUUUCUGCCGACACCUCAGUGGCCAACAAUCAGGGACUUUCCCCGAACAGCUUGUCAGGCCACAAUCUGGGUGUCCGUUUCUGGGUGGUCAGGCCUGUGUUGUUUUUCAGAGUGGCAUGGGAUGGAAACACUGAAUCUGUCCCUGGUCACCUGCUUCUAUGCUCCCUGUCUGGUCAGCACGUGCUGCCCUUGCCGACCCCUGUCCUUUGGGACACUAGGCAGCUACUGUGCUGAUUGAAGGGCCUUGUGCUCUUGUCAGAGAACUACUGGGACUGUCCACCUGCGUUACCUUUGCCUUGACAAUAAACUGGUGCUUGGCUGAGAUUACGGAA